CCGGAGCCGGGGCCCGGGGAGGACCACGCCACCGCGCCCUCUCGCUCUUCUGCGCGCUCCAGUGGCCGGACCCAAGCCUCUCGCCUUACCGACCGCACGGGGCUCCGCUCCGACCAGGAGCGGGCACCGGGCCCGAGCUGGGGCAGGGGUCCUCGCUGCAGCCCGGGCACCCCGGAACGGAGGAUCCGCCGUGGAGGACCGCGCCCGGACUGGAGGCGCCCGCGGCCCCGCAAGCGCCUGCUGCGCCAAACAGUGGCCUGAUGGACGCCUGGUGUGGACGAUGAGGGAAGAACGCGCCUCCCACACCCAAGAGGUGACGCCGGAGCGAGCCCCGGAUGACCCCUCGCGCUGGAACGAUGCGGCUGGCUUGCAUGUUCUCAUCCAUCCUGCUCUUUGGAGCCGCAGGCCUCCUCCUCUUCAUCAGCCUGCAGGACCCCACGGAGCUCGCCCCGCAGCAGGUACCAGGAAUAAAGUUCAACAUCAGGCCACAGCAGCCCCACAACGAUGUCCCACCAGGCAGUUCCCAGGAUGAUAACUUUAAGGCACCCACAGAGAGGGUCACCCGAGACUUGUCCAGCCGGGCCCCGAGGGCCCUGAACCUACAGGUGCCCCAACAGCCUCAAGCCCACCUAAACGUGGCAGCCCGUCUGCGAUCCCGGCAGCGCCGGCGGCGGCUACUUAUCAAAAAAAUGCCAGCUGCGCCGGCCAUCCCGGCCAACAGCUCGGCUGGUACCUUCGUCCGGCCGGCUCCCCGGGCCCUGGACGGCCGUUGGGUCAGCCUGCACCGGAGCCAGCAGGAGCGCAAGCGGGUGAUGCAGGAGGCGUGCGCCAAGUACAGGGCGAGCAGCAGCCGCAGGGCGGUCACGCCUCGCCACGUGUCCCGCAUCUUCGUGGAGGACCGCCACCGCGUGCUGUACUGCGAGGUGCCCAAGGCAGGCUGCUCCAACUGGAAGCGAGUGCUCAUGGUGCUGGCCGGGCUGGCCUCGUCCACCACCGACAUCCAGCACGACACAGUCCACUACGGCAGCGCCCUCAAGCGGCUGGACACCUUCGACCGCCAGGGCAUCCUUCACCGCCUCAGCACCUACACCAAGAUGCUCUUCGUCCGCGAGCCCUUUGAGAGGCUGGUCUCCGCCUUCCGCGACAAGUUCGAGCAUCCCAAUAGCUACUAUCACCCAGUCUUCGGCAAGGCCAUCCUGGCCCGGUACCGGGCCAAUGCCUCUCGGGAAGCCCUGCGGACGGGCUCCGGCGUGCGGUUCCCCGAGUUCAUCCAGUACCUGCUGGACGUGCACCGGCCCGUGGGCAUGGACAUCCACUGGGACCACGUCAGCCGGCUCUGCAGCCCCUGCCUCAUCGACUAUGACUUUGUGGGCAAGUUUGAGAGCAUGGAGGACGAUGCCAACUUCUUCCUGAGCCUCAUCCGCGCGCCGCGGAACCUGACCUUCCCGCGGUUCAAGGACCGGCACUCGCAGGAGGCGCGGACCACCUCCCGGAUCACCCACCAGUACUUCGCCCAGCUUUCGACCCUGCAGCGGCAGCGCACCUACGACUUCUACUACAUGGAUUACCUGAUGUUCAACUACUCCAAGCCCUUCGCAGACCUGUACUGA